ACCGUCCAAAGACCUAGUCAGCCUCUGGAAAUUGAAUUUGACUAUGUUCCAAGGUUACCGCAAGCACCUUUGCCUAGUGUUAAGUUGCUUCAACUGGGGAAGGUGACUGCAUUUUUUGACGGUGUAGUUGUAAUUCGAUCCGUUCCCGGAGUCCCGGCUUUGGACAGAGAUUCAGCACUUUACUUCGCCGAUCGAAGACCUAUGGGACUCGUUUAUGAUAUAAUUGGCCAAGUAAAACAGCCCUCUUAUGUGGUUAUCUACGAGAAUCGAAGACAAACUUCAGAAAAGAGAAAAGGAAAAGCGUCGACUGCCGCACAAGAGAUUCCUCCCUGUCCUGUAAAAAUAGAGGUUGACGUGAAGGUUGGAGAUGAAAUCUACUAUGCUGACGAUGCUCAAUUGAGUAUCAAAGUGUUGACUGACCAAUUACAACAAAGUAAAGCCUAUGAUGAGGGUGACCCUAAUGAGGAAUUCUACUCAGACGACGAGGAGGAAAGGAAGGCAAAAGGCACAAAGCAACCACAAAUGAAGGCGACGAAAGGCGUACCUAGAGGAGGCAGGAGGGGUCGUGCUGUUAAACGAAAUCGCUUAUCCCGAAUAGUUCGGUCUCAAUCUGUAAACCAUUACCCACGGCAUCAACAGCGGCAGCAUGCCUAUCAGUCUUACAUCGGCUUCUAUCGACAGUGGUCUGGAGGUCCAUCGAGUACCUACCAAUUUGGAGGUGGCGGUGAACAGGUUCGAUUUGCUCAAUCACAAUUGAGUGGAUCAUUUGGGAUGAUGCCUCCACCACCACAGCAGCAGCAGCAGGGGACACUUCCAAACAUGUCAUUUUGGCAACUGGGACAGGUUAACUUCCCUCUCAAUAUCGGUCAUCGAUUUCCUUUUCCGUCUAACAAUUAUUCCAUGGGUCAUGCACAGUCGAUGCCACCAACGCAAAGUGGGCCUCAACGUUAUGGCUAUCCUAAUCCCACUCCCCCUCCACCUUCCCACAUGCUUCCGUCACUCUAUGUUCCGUGGCCACCUACACAACCUCUACCUUCUCCUCCACAACCACAUGGUUCCUCUUUGUUUCAUCUACUCUUUAUGAGGAGGACACACUCUCAACCUCCCCCGUCACGAUCGUACUCGCAGUAUUGGCCCUUCUGA